AUGAAGUUUCUUCUUUCAGCAUUCUUGCUUCUCUGGCAAUCAUACUUUCCCGCCUUCGCACAGCAGAUAUCAGGAGCUUUGCUUCCUCUUGAUCUUCUCGACCUGAGUGAUGGCUGCCUUGCUGUUGUGAACAGCACCAUCACCUCGUGUCCCAGAUGGCUCCCAAAUCAUGCAGGAACUGGAGAUGCAAGCUUUGAUCUGCUAAGUGACAAGCUUCUUGGGGAUCUUUGCAGUGGAAGUUGCGCUCAAAGCCUGACCUCAGCAAGAAAAGCCAUCCAAGCGGCCUGCACAUCUCCCAAAGAUGUAAUGACCCCCAGUGGUGGUGUUGCAUAUCCAGCGACAUUUCUCGCCGACAGGUAUCUCUACGCCAUACAGUUGAGCUGUCUCAAAUCAUCGAGUGGCCAGUAUUGUGACACAAUGGUCGCAUCAUGGAUGAACCAAAGCAGCAGCGCAAACUGGACAAAGGCCCAGAACUGCUCGGACUGUGAACUUGGGGUUCAGAAGCUGCAGCUUGGUUCACCCUUUGGUUAUGACGAUGAUGGCGCCGCUACGUUCGCCUCUCUGACUUCCAGCUGCAAUGCAGGAGGCUAUGCUUACGCGACACCUGCCCCUUACGCCAUUAAUGCAACAGCACCUCCACCUCCACCGGCUCGUAAUUGCUCUGGCACCUACAUAAUCCAGGAGGGUGAUACCUGCAUGUCUAUCUCUGUGAAGGCAAACGUGUCGACAUACGGCUUAAUAUCGGCAAACGGAUUUGAUAUCAGCUGCAAUCUUUUGCCGCCUGUGGGAUCCACUAUAUGUCUUCCAAAGAAGUGUAACACAUAUCAACUGAGCUUUUACGACAGGUGCGGUGAUAUAACUUCUGGUUACAACAUAACCCGGCAGCAGCUUCUUUCGUGGAACCCGAUGAUCAACGACUUUUGCAACAACCUUGCCAGCUGGUAUGGAUGGAAUUUGUGUACCAGUUCACCAGAAGGGCUCGUUAAAGCCGGUCAAAGCAACACAAUCGAUACAGUAGCGCCUGUACCAUCAGAUGCGCAAAACCAGUCCAAUAAACGCUGUGGACAAUGGUACCUGACGAAGAAAGAUGACCUAUGUGGCAGUAUCUCGCUAGCCUUUGGCAUCUCUUUGGAUGACUUCUAUUUCCUCAACCCUCAAGUCGACAACAAGUGCUCCAACUUGUGGUUGAAUACAUCGUAUUGCGUCCGGCCUGUCGGCAACGUAGCCACGUACUCUGGCUAUCCGACACCAACGCCAGGCACCGUCUUCCCUAAGCCAACGCCAACACCAACAUCUGAGCCUCCACCAAUUGUGACAGACCCUCUGUGGUCGACGGCAGCAGGUACUGUGGAUAACUGUGAGGUUUACCUUAAUGCAUUCUCUGAAUCGCUUUCAAGUGUAUUGGGCAUUGCUCAGAUCAAUUCAUGUGCUAUAUGGGCUGCACAAGCCGGUGUCACAGUAGAGGAUCUGAUAGCAUGGAACCCAAGCCUUUCUACAAAUAACUGCGUGUUGCAGGAGGGCAAGAGCUACUGUAUCCUGAAAUGUAAGUCUCCAACGAUAGUCUUUUGA